AUGAACAUGAAACUUUUAAAAAUUAUAGAGCUUUUUUGUCACCAUAGUCUUAUAUUACAUGAAAUUUUGAUUCAAGAAGAUGCAAUAUUUCAAGAUAUGAGCACCUUUAACUUUUGGUUCGCGAUGUCUGAAACAAAAAGUUCUAUCAAAAUGCAUCCGAAACAUGUCGUGGUUGUCAUGCGAGCAGGAUUGCCAAUGAGAUAUCAAAAUUCUUACCGUCUUGAAUCGAAAAAUCCGUUUAAUCGCGAACAAGCUGAAAAAAUUCUAAUUGAAGUUAUGGAAGAUAAUUUUUCAAAAUAUGAUCGGUUUGACGCGAAAACUGAUGUUGAUUUAUGCCAAAAAGUGAGUGAAGAUGUAUUGAAAUUAAUGAAAGAAAAAAGAUUUGACAGGUACAGAAUCAUUGUAAUUGUCACAAUCGUUGAAAAAUUCAUGCAGGGCAUUCAUUAUAAGCAGAAAAAUUUAUGGGAUUCAAGGAAAGAUUGCAGUGUUACUCACGUUUAUAAAGCUGCAAGCUUCACUGCUAUUGGAAAUUGCUACGGGGUUUAUUUGGAAUAA